ACAGCUUCUUCUCCUCCACCUCCAUUGUUUAUUUGUCUCCUCCUGUAAUCUUCGGGUAGAUUCAGUUCUGCUCGAAAAACCGCCUGCAAAGUGCAAGCCGAGUUUCGGCUUCCUUGCGUUCGCGUCAUUUUUGUUUCGAGGUGACGAAAUCGCCCUCUGGGUAUGCGAAAUUUCGUCCAUUUCUUUGCUCUUUGGUCGCGGGUAGUAGAAAGCAGGGAAGGGGGAAGGAGCGAGAUAUGUGGGUGAAUUUGGAGAACAUACUACUGAAUGAGUGCGUGAGAUCUUUCUGCAAGGCUGGGAAUUUGAAGCGAGCGGAGACGGUGAUUAUCGACGGGAUUAGACUGGGAGUUCUCCCCGAUGUGGUCACUUUCAAUACCUUAAUCAAUGGCUACGGUCGUCUGGUUAGCAUCGAGGCUGCCUAUGCUGUUCUGGGUAGAAUGGCGGAAGCCGGGAUGGAACCCGAUGUGGUAUCUUACAAUUCUUUGAUUGCUUGUGCUGCCAGGCGGCGCUUGUUCGAGAAUGCAUUCCAACUGUUCGACGAGAUGCUGGAGAGAAACGUAUCCCCGGAUGUUUGGAGCUUCAACACUUUGAUGCACUGUUUCUUUGAGCUGAGGCAGCCAGUUGAAGCUUAUAGGAUGCUGGACAGUAUCAAGUCACUAGGUAUGACACCCGUUCCUGCUACUUAUAACAUUUUGAUUAAUGGUCUCUGCAAGAAUGGGUAUGCUAGUAAGGCACUUGGCUUGUUCCGGUAUUUGAAGGAACAGGGGUUUGAUCCCGAUGUGGUUACUUAUAAUGUUCUUAUUGAUGGGUUGUGUAAAGCUGGGAAAUUGGGCGCUGCUAGAAGGGCCCUCCGGGAAUGCGAGGCUUCUGGGAAAGUUGCCAAUGCUGUGACUUAUACUACGAUGAUGAAAUGCUGGUUUAAGUCUAAAAAAUUGAAUCAAGGACUUAGGGUGUUGGAAGAGAUGAAGAGUAAAGGGUACACUUAUGAUGGGUUUGGGUAUUGUACAGCACUUGGAGCUCUGCUCAAGGUUGGUAGAAUUGAACAAGCAGCUUCGUUCAGAGAAGAGAUGAUAACGAAUGGUAUCGAGCUUGAUUUAGUGUCAUACAAUACGCUAAUGAAUCUCUCAUGUAAAGAAGGUAAGUUGGAUGAAGCUGAUAAUUGGAUUGAUGAAAUGGGGAGAAAAGGUUUGGAAUUUGAUAAGUACACAAAUACCAUAAUUGUGGAUGGAUUGCGUAAGGCUGGCAAUAUUGAGGCGGCUCGACAACACUUGAUGACUAUGAGUAUGAGCGGUCUUGAUUCCACCUCUGCUGCCACAAACUCUGUUAUUGAUGGCUUAGGUAAAGCUGGCAAGUUUGAUCUUGCCUGGAGGAUGACCGAGUCGAUGGAGGGGAGAGACUCAUUUACGUACUCGUCAUUGGUUUACAAUCUUUCCAAAGCUGGAAGGUUGGGCUGCGCAAAAGAGCUAAUGCUCUCUUGUGCCAGAGAAGGGAUUAGAAUACUCCCGGCAGCUAAACAAGCUGUUCUCAAUGGCCUCCAGCGUGCUGGCUUUCAAGCAGAUGCAAGGAAGCUUAGGAAGGCAAUUCGUUAUUUUCAGAUGAUAAAAUAAUGAUUCCUUUCUGAUCUUUCAGAAGACUCAUGAUGGCUAAGUUCUUGUUAGGUGCAUUGGUAACCUUCACAGCCUAAAGACUCCUCAUGUGCUUUCUAGCAGCUUGUGCAUGUUAAUUAUAAGAGACGGUGUGCUUUAUUACUGAAAUUAAGAUAAACAUCACUGCUUGUUUCUUGUUCAUGCAUCUAUCUUGAUACGAACUCUAUUGUGGUUAUCUUAUGAAAUUCUUUGAUUUUCAACAGGUAUUAUUUUGAUGAAUUUCUUGUGUCAAUUUCUUAUGAUAGCCUGUGUUUGGUUAAACCGUUAUCUUAUACCGUUUGGUAUCUUCUGUGGGUGGAAGAUUUUGCUUACUGUUGCAAGGUUUUUAUUUUAUCUAUUUCGGUCCAGUUUUCUUUUACAACUUCUUAGAAGCUUAUUGACUUAUUUGCAGACUGAAGCUGAGAAGGAAACCAUUGUUUGCAUGUCAACCAUGCCGUCAAUGGGAGAUCCUGGCUGGAUGUAGCACAAGCUUUAUGCUUUAGCUUUCCUUGUGCCUGUCUUCGGGUAUGGUCUUUGUAUAUAAGUAAACUCCCUUGCGUUUUUCACGAUACUACCUUGGAGUAAAAUUUUAAUUAGUCAAUUCCUUUCUGAACAAAGUGACUGCUUAUACAAUUUGCAGGAGCUACUAAGUUGUGUUCCUUCUGGAGGAAAUUAUUUGUGUUUAUGGAAGUCGGAUGCCACCAUCGUGCAAAUCUGGCGAGGAUCCUGCUUUAAUGUCAUGAUUCACAAGAUACCUGCUGCAGUGACCAGGUGAUACUCCACAUCCAUGCCUAAGUCUGAUUGUGGCAGCUGGCUGAGUCUGAUUUCAAUUUGCUAUUGGGAAUCUGGUUCCCUUAAUGGAGCAAUAUGACUUAAACUUCUUAAAUCGAAAUAUUCCAAUUAGAGACUAUCACUCAGCGUUGGGUACUUGCUCUGAACUUUAACAUACUUCAGAAGGCUUUAUUUUGUUGCAAACCUAGUCUGAUGGUCUUUCUUGUUUUUCUCUUUCACAGGCACUAGGUCGCUGUGGCAUGGCAAAAAUUGCUAGGAUGGAAGAACCCAAGGAGGCUGGGGGGGAAAGGCUAGAUACAAUGGGUUUAUCCCAUACCAAUGCGAAUAAUGAGAAGUAGUUGCUGCUGAAGUACGAUUGCAGAUUACUACCAGAGCAUACAGACGUAGGUUUUUUGGUGGUGAUCAAGAUCUUUGUCAUCGACUACCCCUUCCAUUAAUACGAGCUGAGGCACAGUCUGCCGAACAGCUGGAAGUUUAUUUGAUCCGUUCUUCGUGCAGUUGAUUGAAUAUGUUGAGAGGCUUUUUUGCAUGCGUCUGAUUGCUAAGUUGGAUUGCCAGCUGCUGUGGUGAUGAAGUAGGGGAGACUGGCAGUUGACUUGUAAAUGAGCUCAAGCCUCUGAAGCUGCCAAUUGGAAGCUGAGUUUCAAGCUUGACAACAGCAUGACAUCAACUGGAUUCAUUUGUUGUAUGAUCUGAAAAUAAAAUGUAAAUAUCUUGUGAUCAUUCUUUCAAUUUGGUAUGAUAAUUAGGGCAACAUUGCUGUUAGAUAGACGCCAAAACAAAUCAUUUGUUUAUAUAAGGCUUGGUUUAACCAUUGGUGAUCACUCUUCUACCUUGCUUGAUUUUGGUCUUUCUAUCAUAUGGAUAUGGUUAUCAUUCUUAAUUGCAUUGCAUUAUACAUCUAAGCCAAAGAGCCUGCAUCGACACAAAAUUGGACAAAUACUUCAACUGGACGAAGACAUCAAAUUUUCGUUUCGAAAUCUCGAAUGACUUGAUUCUACAUCAUAGACGAGAUUGAACUUAAAUUGAACUUAAAAUUUUAGAUGUAAAUAAACUCAUUUGUAAUCCCGUAUUAUGUAACUUGCAUCUCAAAUAUUAUAAAUCAUAUUAUGUGAA